UUUGAUCGAUCCUCAGAUGACUUUCAUUCUCUGACGCGGAGAGAAAGAGAAAGAGAGUGAUGUGAAGGGGAAGAAAAAAAUGCCUUCCUCCACCAACUCUGGACUCGAAAGGAACAAAAAUAACCUCCAGGUCAUCGCCAGUCAGCAUUACAAGUCGGGUCCGCCGGUCCCGAAACGCCUCGGCGACGAGUCGGAUGAGGAUAAGGUGGAGACGACGACACAGGAGGAAUGGGUGACGAGCCGAAAGGUCCAGGUGCAGACGACGAAGCAGGUGGAGACGCGGGUCCAGAGGCAGGUCGUCCUGGAAGACGGGAAGGUCGUAGACGACACCGGGCCUCACGUCACGACGAACACGACCGCUGAUGUCGUCACCACGGAGACUGAGGACCAGGAGCAUCGGAAGAUGGGCGACGACCCCCCAGAAGGCGACUGGGUAGCCAUCCCCGGCUCGAAGGUGGUCUCGGAGAAGACGGAGAGAAAGACGAACACCCGCGAAGAGAAAGAAGACUUCCUCGAGACGGAGAAGGAAGAACACCUCGGAGACGUCGCUCACAACGUACGU